CGCAGAUGGCCCCGUGACGGGGUUUUCCCUGAGCCGUGGCUCGGGUCGUAACCGGAUUCCCUGAUCCGUGGCUCAGGAACUGGAAUCUCCGUCAGUCGGUGGUGGGCAAGCCAGUAAAUGACUCCUGAGACCAACGGCGGAGCUGUCUCCCACCUCUCGUCAAGCUUUCUUGUGUUGCCCAUUGACGCCUUCGGAGAUCUGCGGAAGAAGGAGUACACGGCGGCGAGUUUCGUGGUUGGAGUUCCUGAUGCUACCAAUUAGGAGAAAGGAUUUGCUGGACUACAGGUCCGCGGUGAUGGAGGAGGUGAACGACAACCAACUACCAGUGGUGGGCGACGACGUCUCUGAUUGGUCGGAAGCCGGCCGAAAUUCCACUCCCGAUUCCCACCCUUGGCCCGCCGACCAACUCCAUGGCCGCCGCCGGCGACAACGCGCCAGCGGGGCUCUUCUCUGGCGUCUGGUCCCGCCUCCACGCCGCGGCCUCCGUCUGGCGCCGCCGGGGCCAGGCCUCCCGCGACGGUGAGGUGGAGGAGGACCAGGAGGCGACGGUGCGGUCGCGCCUGGCAAGGCGGGUUGGCAGGAAGCUCGCCUUCGUCUCCUUCAACCUCAAGGUGCUGGUAUUCAUCUACGCGUUCUGGAGGGCGAGAAGACGGAGUUUGACCUGGAGGCAACCCAUCCAGGUGCUGCCGGUGCUCGCCGUCCCUGCUCAUGGAGCCGGUGCAUUACCCAGCGGUUGCGACAGCAGCGGAGGAGCUGUCCCCAAUGGCCACUGGAAGCGUUGACGGGCAGAUCUGUGCGGCGGAUGGGGCAGUUGCGGCGGAGGGGGAUGAUGAACCGCAGGCAUCUGAGAAAUCUAUUGGCCAGGUUGAUCCAAAAACACCUGGCUGGACUCGCAGGGUUAGAAUUGGAGCUGCUGCUCCUGGCAGGGCGCCUUGCCCUGGGCGAACCAGUGCCCUUGAGAAGGCAAUUCGGGGGUUUGGUGACAAGCCGGGGAGCAUUGUAAUUGUACCAGCACUGGGCACAAGCUUUGAUGCACUCGGGGAGGCCUAUGAUUUCUACAAUCUCUGCUCGUGGGAGAAGGGAUUUGGUAUAAGAUAUGGGAAGAGUAGGCUGAAUGUGGAGAGAACAAAAUGCAUGCAGGAAAUUGUUUGCGGAUGUGCGGGUAAACCGGGUGUGGAAAACACAAGAUCAUGCCGAUGUGAAUGCCCGACAUUAAUAAGACUGCUUCGCACAAAGGACAAUGCAGAGACUUGGUGGAGCAAUUGCGACAGAACAAUGUGAAUCUAGCCAAAGUACACAACAUAAUUGGAAGCUUCUUUGGUUCAAUGGAAAGGGUGCCUUUCACAAAAAGAGCUCUGAAAAAUUUGUGUGGUAAAAUCAGUAGAGAGCAGUCAGAGGAUGAUGUGAGGAAGACCAUGGAGGUGUUCGCAGAUCUGGGCUCAAGAAAUCCUCACUUCACCUAUCGUGUACAGGCAGACCAGGAUGGUUGGAUAACAACUCUUAUGUGGGCAAAUGGGAGCAGCAGGUUGCAGCACACAUUCUUUGGAGAUGUUGUCACCUUCGAUACGACAUACGGAACAGACCUGUACAACAUGCCAUUUGGUCUGUUUGUGGGUGUGAAUAAUCAUUUUUAGAGCAUCACCCUGGCCGGUGUUCUUGUCCGUGAUGAAAAGGUCGAGACAUUUGAGUGGGUUUUCACAGAAUUCAUUAGGAUGAUGGGGGGUACUGCACCCAAGACAAUUCUAAUAGAUCAAUGCCGGGCUAUGGAGGUCGCCAUUAAAAAUGUGAUGCCUCAAACGGCACACCGUUGGUGCAAGUGGCAUGUGCUGAAGAAGGCAAAAGAAUCACUUGGUUCGUUGUACUCGAAGAAUAGCGAGUUCAGGAUAGAAUUCCACAAGGUAGUAAAUCACAUGCUUACAAUCGAUGAAUUUGAGGAAGCUUGGAAGAUAUUGGUGGAGAAAUAUAAUUUGAAGACCCACGACUACAUGAGGCAGCUGUAUCAUUUAUAUAAGACACAAGUGGGCGAAGCCUUAUUUUAAAGGUGUUUUCUGUGCUAAGAUGAGAAAGCGCAAACCACAUGUUGAAGAACUAUGUACCGCCCGGUUGUCCCAUGCAUAUGUUUGUGAAGAAAUACAUGAGACUUCAAUUUGACAGGGAAGCUGAGGAGAACUACGAGGAGAAGCGGGCACGGAUAGUAAGUCAUAUUUGAUAAUUGCAACUAGAUGUGUGGUAGUAACAUGGUCACUGAUUUGAUGCAUCUAUGUUUCAGGGUAGACCACUGUACAUAGCAAACUUAGCUAUAGAGAGACAUGCUAGUAAGAUA